AUGAGAGAAUUGCGCGAAGCCAUAAUCCAUUUGGACGGCUCGGAACAGAACGUGAAGAAUCUCUCCUUGGACAUCGCUCCGGACAUACAACAAAUCGGCGACGACGUGACGCGAUUUACGUUGGAGUGCGUCUCGGAGUUACCGGUGAAAACGCCCGUGUACGCUUUACUGAUCGCUUUGAUAAAAAGCAACUCCGAGGAGUUUGGCUUGGAGUUUUCGGAGAAAUUUUUAUCGAGAGUUGGGGAGGCGUUGGAACACGAUUUGAUGCGAUUGGACGAGGAUAAAGACGCGCGAACGAGGGUGAAGUUGUUGGUGCGAUUUAUCGUGUGCGCGUCGGUGACGAAUCUGGUGAGUCAGGCGUCCGCGGUGGACGUGUUGACGAGGUUCGCCGAGAAGUGCGUGGCGAUGAGUAAGACCAAGGCGUGUAAGAAUCAGUUGAAUCCGAAAGCGUGGCAGCCGAGAGCGGAUUUUUUAGCGACGGUGGUGUUGUCCGCGUUGCCGUGGUCGAACGGGUCGUUCGCGAAAGGGACGGAUGAGGUUGUGCAAGGAAUGUACAAGGAGUUCGCGAGGACGAUGGAGGAGUAUAUGGGCGCGAGAGACCCGACGUUUGAUAAGUGCGCCAGGGUUUUAUUAGCAAAAACAGAUAGUAGCAAAGAAGAAGAAGAAAAUAAAAAUAAUAGUCAUGAACCGGAUGCGUUAGAGGAGCUUUGGGGACGCGUAAACGAGGCAGAUAAGAGAGGCUUGAAAGGGUGGGCGGUCGCCGGCAUCGUCGGCGUCCAAGAACCGUUCGAGCAAGAGUUGUUUUCGUUUUCCACCGUGGAGGCGCCGAAAAUUACAAUUCCAGAUUACGAGGAGUAUUUAAAUUCGGAUUCCGCGGCGACAGCGUUGACAAAGUUUCCCUCCAGACCUCGAUUGAGAGUGAUCAAUCGAGCGCAAACGGAAGGCGGAUGGGAGAAGAACGAUUGGCAGCCUCUGGAGAGGUUUGUCGCUGAAGAACACGUCGUGGAUACUUUGUGGGCGUUUGAACCUGGAUUUCGCAGAGCGGCGUUACAUCCAGCCACCGAACAGCUGGCGACGUUGCCAUUACCCGCAGAUCAUCCGGAAAGGUGUCAAUACUUGGUCGCGGAGACGUGUUUCGGAGAAUUGUUAAAUUUGCCGCGGCCGCGAUUCGAGCCGGUCUUUUACCACGUCGUCAUUCAAGAUUUGUGUAAAGCGAUCCCCUCCUUUCCACCAAAGAUGGCAAAAACCGUCGGUGAGCUUUUCCGCGCGAUGGACCGAUUAGAUGAAGAAUUGCGCGAACGUUUAGCGACGUGGAUGGCGCACCAUUUAUCGUGUUUCGAUUUAGUGUGGCCGUGGAAAUCGUGGGUUCACGUCAGCGAACAACCAGACGGAUCGCCGCAAAGAGAGUUUGUGAGGACGUUGUUGCGUAAAUUGUGCGAUCUCUCGUACCCGAAAAAUGUCAAGGAGUCCAUUCCAGAGGCUAUUUAUGACUUGUUACCGAAAGAAGCGAAAACGAUUAACCAGGCGUACGUCGAUUCAGUCAACGCGCAAACGAACAACGCCAUCGAUACGAUUAGAGAAAUGUUAAAAGCGAAAACACCAUCGGACGAGCUCGAACAGUGGUUGAAAGAGUCCUCGGGCGGCUUAACCGCCGAACAGUGCUUGGCUUGCGUCGCGACGGCCAUCUUAGUGCACGGACAAAAAUGCAUCACACACUUGGACACGUUGUUGACUCGAUACGACAUUUUGCUUCGAAAACUCAUCGACCAUUCCUCCACGAAAGCGAGGGAGUUGUUGGAAGCCAUAGUGAACGUUUGGGAAGGCUCGCAAAACGCGAAAAUUGCUGUCGAUCGAACUAUUUGCGCGAAGUUGUGCGACAUCGCCUUUGUCGCCGAAUGGGCGGGCAUGAAAUACGCGGAAAACCCAGUCUUGUAUUCCGACACGUGCGGCUACGUCCUCGAACACGCCACCGCGGAAGAAGAGCACGCGUUAGAGCGCACCCGGCGCAUCCUUCACCGCGUCCACGACGCCGAGCGCGAAGCCGAAGCGGCUGGUCAAGCUGCCGAACGUUUCCUCGCCGAUGGUUUGAUGCACGAAGCGACGCGCGCGCAAACGGCCGAAGCCGCCGCGGUUGAACUCGCCGCCAGCUUAGACGCCGGCGCUUCGGAAAUGAAACAGUUCGUCACGGUGGCGAGAGAAAAAGCGUCUGAAAUCACCGUCUUGUGCGCGCGCUCGUGCGUCUUAAAAGCCAUGGAACUUUCCGACCAAACCGGUGCCGACGCUCGUUUGAAUAAACGCAUCGAGAGAUUACUCCGAGGUUUUAGAGAACAACUCGCGGGUAAAGAGAGUGAAGUUCUCGACGCGUGCGGCGGUAAAGGCGCGAACCCGUUAGCGUUCGCGUGCGAACGAGCGCUUCUCAGCACAUCCUCGAAAUUCUCCUUCACGGUCGAAGCCGCGCACAAAAAAGGGACCGGGUCGGUCAAAAACGGUCGCGAUUCGAACCCGAAAUACCGAGGGGUGAAACUCUACGGCCAAGAAAAAUGUCGCGCGGGGAACAUCAUCGUCCGACAGUUAGGGAACAAGUUCCACGCCGGGCCAGGGGUUGGAACCGGGAAGGAUUUCACUUUGUUCGCGUUGAGAGACGGGGAAAUCUUGUUUAAGAAAGGCGCGGGGAAGAAGCAAUUCGUGUGCGUCGUCGACGCCGUCGAGAGAGCCGCCGCGACGUCGAGAAAGACCAAAAGGAGAGAGUUGUACACGCCGAGAGCGUCGGCGGCGGUUGAGUCUCGUUAA